UUGAAGGAACUAUGAAUGUCAAACUGCGUAGCAAGGUGGGCUGCGUUUUCUAGUGCAGUUUAAAAUGUCAGGGUAUAGUUUAUUUAGGAUAGCCACGUUAACAAAAGGCAUCACAAGCAACGCUACAACGUCGCUGUGCAGGACGAACGUAUUCAACCGAAUACAGACAUGUGGAUAUGCUAAGAAAGUUGUGGCCAAAGGGAAAGGGAAAGGCAUGGUGAAAGAAGAGCACAGAGGCCCAGAUGUGUGUACAGACCCUGUCAGACUUACUUCUUAUGCAGUAGGGGCCAACAUCCUCAAGCAAGGAGACGACCCCCACCUGAAGCCCCCUGAUCAAUAUCCAGAGUGGUUGUUCCAGUUGAACCUGGGGAUGCCCAAAAAGCUGCAGGAGCUGGAGUCGGACACCUGGGAAUACUGGAAGCGUCUGAGGAAGGAGAACAUUUUGCGUUUCAACCGACUACAUAAAGGGAAGAAGUUUUAGGCCUUCACUGGACUGACGGAGGGCUUCUUCCCAUACGUCAGGUCGCUUCAGACUCGGUGGACUGAAUUACCUGACGUGCUGUAUGUUCAGAGCCAGAGUUCAGCUUCCUGAAUGAAUCUUCAUUCGACCAACUCUUUGUCACUUCCAGUGUGUUAUUUAAAAUCCUGCAGCAUAUUCAACGGUUCUCUGGUAACAAUACCUGAAAGCUAAAAGAAAGUUGAAAGAUCGUGUGAUAUGCUCGAAAGCUCUCAACCGCUACUUAGUGGUGAGAUUGUUUUGUCAAUUUCCUAAAGGUGGUUCUAUUUGGUUCAGGGUUACUGCAUUGCACUGAAUCAGUUUGUACAUGUUAAUCUUUUUUUUCUGUUUUUGUCUUUUUCCCAUAUCUGAAGAGAAAUGGCCUUAUCAUGUUCCCUAUGUUUUUUCUUUUCUUUUUGCUAAGUCAUCACAAAUAAAUAGGAAUAAGUAAAUGUCCUGCAAAGUUUGCCUUUUCAUUCUUUCUUUAAACAACAUCAUAAUAUGAAUGUGGUAGCUGCCACUCUAAUAAUAAAUCACUCUUUAUAAAAUGUU